AUGAAUUACAAUAAUAGACCUAUCCCAAAAAUUACUAUUGAGAAUAUAGAUUUAAGUAACCCACCUCCUUAUUCCGAGACAGAUCCAAAUACCGACCGUAAUAACAAUAAUACUCAAGAAUCACAAUCACAACUUCCGCCGAGGAUACCACAAAGACCCCACAGAAGUAUAUCCCGACAAAGUCGUACACCCCAUAGAAGCAAUAGUUUUGCUUCAAUUCAUUCAAGUCCGGCAACCCCAAUUUCAAGAAAUAACUCUCUAUACUCAAGAAAACCUCCUUUACCUCCAAGAUCCCCUUCACUUCGAAGUUAUAAUUCUAAUAAUGAUCAAUUUUUAGAACAAGAGAAUCCACCUACUCUGCCGAAAAGACCCUCAAGUAGAGGAUCAUAUAAAAUGCAAGAUGUUCUGAACAGUAAUAAUUAUAAUCAAUUUUGUUCUGCUCAACAAGAAUUUCAGUCUGGACCCAAACUUCCUAAAAGACCACCUUGUUUAAUAAAAAGAAAAAUGGUAGAAAGUGAAGAAAUUACUGAUACCGUUAAUAUUGAAACCGUCGACAAUGUCGAUUCUUAUAAAUCUGAACCAAUUGAAACUGAAACUUUAGAAAUUAUUUCCGAUGAUUCUGCCGCUCAAAGUCCAGAAGCCGUGUCACAAGAACAGCCUAUUGAUGAAAAAGCAGAAUGUGAACCAGAACCAGCACCUGUUGCAGAAUUGCAACCAGGUACUGAAACAUUAGAUGAAACUGAAAAAAUAAUAGAAAUGAUGGAAACUUUUGAAAUUGAGCAAGAUAUUUUCCAACAAACUUUACCAAUUGGCCCACCUCCAGCAAUUUUUCCACAUACUGUACAUCCAGUUAGUCCACCAAUUAUUACUCCAUCCGGUUUGCCAAUUGAAACAAAUAAAUUUUAUGGAAAUUUAUUGUUAGCAUCUCAAACUUUACCAACAUGGACACAUCCUUAUUCUGUUUGGGUUGCAAAAGAUCCUUCUCAAUUCGGUUUGGCUGUCUCUUAUGUUCCAUCUUCUCAAAAAGUGUUCGCACCAGGCGUACCACCUGAAUUCUAUUUUAGUCCAGUUGGUAUUAAAUCUCUUGUUUUUGGUGCUACCGAAUUUUCUACAGCAGCUGAUAUGACAUUAGUAUUGAAAAAUCCAAAGCAUAUGUCAGUGCAAUUACAAAUUCAAAAAUCCAGUACCUCAUAUUUUGUAGCUCCACUGGUCCAAGGUAUGGGUUUUGUUACCGCGGUAUAUUCUAAUAUGACCCCUGUUGUUACUUCAGGUGUCGGUUUCGUUAGUUUGACCAAACUAACUUCAGUGAAACCUUUUCAACAAAAGUAUUCGGUUUUGUUGCAAAACCAAGUAAUCUGGACCUUGUACUUAACUGUAGAAUCAGGGCAAACAGUUAAUUUGACUUUGACUGACCCUAAUACCAUCAAAGCCAAUGCUAAAUUAUCCAAGGCAAUUAUUCAAAUUGUUAGAAGUACCGAAAAUUCAAUCGAUACUGCCGCAGGUUGUUAUUCUACAGACUGUGAAUUGUCUGGUUAUACCACAGGAACCAUCGGUAAAUAUAUUUUCAAGUAUUCCACAAAUGGAUCCUCUCUAAGUGGUGCGAGUCUUCACUAUGCCUUACCUCAUCAUGUUCAAACCUUCGCACCAACAAUGGGGCCAUUUAGAAUCAAUUCAAAAUUGGAUUCCACAACCAAAGGUGUCAUGACUGGAUAUAUAAUAAAUAAAUUUGAAAUGACAGUGACAAUCCCUACAGCCUUAGGUUUUGCUCCAUUUACUACUAUUCCGGGUAAAGCAUUCCCUAACUAUACUACUGCUGAACUAGCUGCUAUUCGUACAGCCGCCCAAGCAGAUGUUCUUGGAGACGUUGUAACAGAAUCAAAUGUUAAUUCAAUGUAUUUUGCUGGUAAGAUUUUGGCUAAAUAUGCAUGGGUUCUAUAUGUUUGUCAAUACAUUUUGAAAGAUAGUACACUGGUUGCCACAUUGAUGCCAAAAUUGAAAGCAGCAUUUAAUACAUUUACCUCUAAUACCCAAAUUUUACCUUUGACUUAUGAUACUACUUGGAAAGGUAUUGUUUCUUCUGGUGACUCAUCGCAAGACUUCGGUAAUUCAUACUACAACGACCAUCAUUUCCACUAUGGUUACCAUGUUCUAGCAGCCGCUAUUUUAGGUAAAGUUGACAAUGAUGCUGGUUCAAAGAAUUGGAUACCACAGAAUAGAGCUUGGGUUGAAAGUUUAAUUAGAGAUUAUGCUAAUCCAAAUGACAAUGAUCAAUAUUUCCCAGUCUUCAGAUCAUUUGAUUGGUAUCACGGUCAUUCUUGGGCAAAAGGUUUAUUCGUUAGCGGUGACGGUAAAGAUGAAGAGUCUAGUUCUGAAGAUGUUAAUUCCGUAUACGCUUUGAAAUUGUGGGGUUUGGUUACUGGCGAUGAAUACAUGGUUUCUAGAGCCAAUCUGCAAUUGGGUAUAAUGAGAGUUAGUUUGAACAAUUAUUUCCUAUAUGCUGAUAGUAAUCAAACUGUUCCACCAAUUUUCAAACCAAACAGAGUAAGUGGUAUUUUGUUUGAAAACAAAGUUGAUCAUACAACUUACUUUGGUACCCUAAUUCAAUAUAUACAAAUGAUCCAUGCAAUUCCUAUUACACCAUCCUCAUCUUUCAUAAGAACUCCAGAUUUUGUAAGAGAAGAAUACAAUCAAUUGUUAGCACCUAUUGUUAAUACUGUAGUUGAUGGAUGGAGAGGUGUUAUUAUGUUGAACGUAGCAUUGUAUGAUCCAGCAUCUUCUUAUGCGUUCUUUACCUCUCCUGGUUUCCUACCCGCUUACUUGGAUCCAGGUCAAAGUUUGACCUGGUCUCUGGCAUACUCUGCAGCUUUUAAUUGA